UGUCCUGUAGGGUCUCUGUGAGUCAGAAUUGACUUUACAACAGUGAGUUUAUAAUAAAAACUGAGCCCAUAAAAUGUGUUCAAAAAACAUUUAAAAUUAUGUUAUUUUGCAGCUGGAUGGAAAAAUACGUAAAACUUGAAAGCAUAUCAAAGUCCCUGGUUGGUGUAAAUGGUUAAUGUGCUCGGCUGCUAACCAAAAGGUUGGAGGCUCAAGUUCACCAGAGGAAGAGGGGCCUGGUUAUCUACUUGUGAAAAAUCAGCCACUGAAAACCCUGUGGAGCACAGUUUUACUCUGCCACAUAUGGGGUUGGCAUGAGUGGGAGUUGAUAAGACAGCAGCUGGUUAAAGAACAUAUCAGAGCUUUAGAAGACUAUAAAAUAAUUUUUUUAUUAUUUUAUAGACACCAUUUAGUCUAUUUCCCUUCCUUUACAGAUGGGAAAACUGCUGAUCACAGAGGGGAAGUACAUCAUUAUAAUAAAUUUGCAUAGAGAGUUAGUGGCAGACUUUUUGAAACAGUCUACUUGAAUUUUUUGAGUUUUUAUAAAUUGUCAGUUUACACUCCAUUAUGCUGAGGGUCUCCAUUGAUUUAUACCAUAUUUUUCUUUAAAAUGCUAUUAAAAAAUAACUUCUCCACUUUUGUGUCAGCAAAAAUACUGAGCUUUUCUAUCAAAGUGCUUUUCUUCUCUGGUUUACAGUGACAAUGCACAGUGACCAUGAUAACUAAUGGUCCCCCUACCUUAAAGAAUCUUCUCUCAUUACUGUCUAAGGCGCCUGGAAGGGAAACAUCAGCCACACAAGAACCACUGAAAUGAGUGACAGCACUACUUUGGUUCCUCCAGCUUCAAGCCAGGGUCCUACCACCCCACGCAAGGGCCCCCCGAAGUUCAAGCAGAGGCAGACCCGCCAAUUCAAAAGCAAACCUCCUAAGAAAGGUGUGAAAGGGUUCGGAGAUGACAUCCCAGGCAUGGAGGGGCUAGGAACAGAUAUCACCGUGAUUUGUCCCUGGGAAGCUUUCAGUCACUUGGAAUUACACGAGCUGGCUCAGUUUGGUAUUAUCUGAGGCAUCAGAGGUUCUGAGACUCUCAACAGCACCUGCAGUAACUUCAAUUAUUUUUGCCCUAUUGACUUGUCAGAGCCUUGAAAUUCAGCUGUUCAGAAAUGGUUUCUUUGGCUUACACAGCCAUUUCCCAUCAGUUACCUCUAAGGUUUCUUCUAGUGUCUUAUUCUCUCUUGCAGUAUAGUUCAGAUCAGAAUAGUGGGUGAGAAGCUACUUCUGUUGGGGCAUUUCAAAUUUUGCUACCUUUUCCUAUCAGCUGGUAGAAGCAACGAACAUUUCUUAUGUUUUGCUUAUAUAGUCCUGCAAAUCUAUUUUUGCUAGGCAUUCGUUAGAAUUAGUUGUAGACUUUCAAAAGAACAUUCAGGCCACUUCCUUCCCUUUCUCAUUUAAUAAAUGAGAUGUUACCUCGAAUCUCAUUGUGAAGUAGUGUUGAACGCUGUAUGUAAACACCUGACUCCCUGUUCUGAGAACCAAUUGAACAAAGAAGCAUCAUACAGGAAAUAAGCACAAUGUAUGCGGAAGAACACAAGAUCAAGAGUGAAGCCCUGGUGCUGCUUCAUAAAUUCGUAUAUCACGCACUUUCUGGGUCUAAACGUUACUGAAUUAGGUUAUCCCUGUGGUCCCAUGAAGUUUUAAAUUUUAUGGUUCAAAAUUGGUGGAAGAAUAAGGAUUUAACUCAGAACUCUCAGCACUGUGAGCCUUUUUCGGUGACUUGAUUCAGGAAAGUUCCCUCUCACAGCAUCCCCUCGAUGAAAUGACUCCAUCCAGUGGCUUAAUGUGGAAGUCACAGGUUAUCUGUGCCUAUAUUGACUGGCUUUGUGCACAUCUGUAAGAAAUUGUCUUUAAACCUUCAAUUUCAGUGAUUUGUAUACUAUAAGGUUUAGACUCGGAGGCAUAGAAUAGGCAAUUGAACCCUCCAGACAAAAUGGUGAUUUGUUUCACUCCUGAAGUUUAGUCAAAUGAAGUGUGCAAAUAGCUUUCUUUCCCCAAUACUUCCAAAGCAAUUGGGCAAUACAAAUACUGCCUCAGUCUGACUCGGAUGCUUCAGUACUAGCAGUGUUAAUUUCUUCAUUUCAGUUUUGUAAUCUGUGGUAAAAGAAUGUGGUAAACAAACUGAAAAAAGAGACAGGAUGAUAGAUAGGAAAGAGAUAUGGGUUCUAGUCCUGCAUCUGCCAUUAAAUUGCUGUAUAAUCUUGGACAAAAUCUCACCUUUUGAACCUUUCCACUACCCAAAUUAGAUAUCUAAGCUCCCUGGUACUUAUAAUUCUGUGAAUUUGAGAUCCUCAGAGUCUGAGCAUAGGAAUUAGAGAAGCUCAGCACUUAAGAAAAUUUCUUCUGCUGCAGUACGGUAAGCCAGGCUUUGUGCUAACUAUUUUGCACAAACCACCAACUUACCUGCUGGUCAGAAGACUAGAGGUACAAAAGGAAAAGUAAGGUGCAAAUUCAAUAGUGGAACCAUGACAUAAAAGGAAGUGUAGUAGUAUGUGGGUUUCCUCUUCUGGCAGGAAAUCCUGCCUGUACCAAUACACCUGCUUUCACUCCUACCAAAGCUGGCCCUGGCCUUUCACAUCCCCUGCCCCAGUUGACAGCCAAUGAGUCUGUCUCUCCUUGUUCAUUCCAGUGUGUUUUCAGUUAGGGAGGUCUGGAUUCUUCCCUAGCUGAGUAAGACUCUGGACAACAUUCAGCUUCCUUUGCAAAUGUUUCUUUUAUUGAAAUAAUAAUGUUGACAAAACAGUACACAUCCAAAGGAACACAACCAAUAGUCAGGAUGGAGAAGGAUCUAGAAACUAUGUCAUAGGGGAAAUGUUGAAAGAACUAAUAAUGGUUAAUGAUAACUGGUAGCAAAUAUUUAAAAAGUUAUAAAGAGCAGGAUAAAGCAGACCUAUUUCAUUUAAGAUUGCAGUAUAGUGGUAAGCUGUAGUAGAUAUGGCAACCCUGACGGUUGCAAACAGUUAAGCACUUGGCUACUAACCAAAAGGUUGGCAAUUCAAACCCAUCCAGAGGCACAUAAGAAGGCUGGCCAGAUGAUCUGCUUCCAAAAGGUCACAGCCUUGAAAAUCCUAUGGAGCAGUUCUACUCUGCACACAUGGGGUUGCAAUGUGUUGGAGUUGACUCAAUGCAACUGGUUUGGUUGUUUUGGUAGCAAAUAUAAUUUAA